GGGGUGUGUUGUCGCGUUGCGACCGAAUCCGUGAGCGCGUGUUCAAUCCAAAACUAUUAUAAAAACAUUGAAAUUAACCCAAGUAUGUAAUUUAUCUGAGUGUAGCAUACUCAAUCCAGUGUAAUAUCAACUGUUGAGUGUUUUUCAUACUAGUGUUAUUAAUAGAAGUAUUUUGAAAAUAGAAUAUUGGUGAUGACUGACGAGCGUGUUGGUUAGCGAUGUUUGUUUAGUGUUUAUUAGUUGUGAUAGGUUUUAAUUGACAUAGUGAUGGCGAUCAACUUCAGCUUGUGUGUUCUGCUUGUUGUGUACCGGGUGUCCGCGGCUUACUCCGAGAGUUUGGAUGUGACUUUGACCGAACCAAAAGUCGAGGUGUCCGAAGGCGUGCGGUGUUACUGCAACACAGCGCAAUGUGUCAGCACGGGCUACAUGUGCCGGUCUACUAAAGGAGGCGGAUGCUAUAGCGAGCUGCCGGCGCCGCGCCGCCACCACGCACGCCACGGGUGCCUUCAGCAUCUUGCUGACACGGCCGAGGAAGCAGUGUCCCGUUGCCAGAAUUCGCCAUCAGCAGACGUCAGACCACCCUCAAGGGAGCAUUCUCUGCUGUUAUGCUGCUUUAGGGACCUGUGCAACCAUGAGGACAGUCCGCUGGCUCGGGCUGGGUUCAAUCUGACGCAUGAUUCAGAAGGCAACACAAUAGCCAGCGACUGUGGCGCCAGCUACAACAGCGAAGUGUGGUUCAAAGCUGCCACUAUAGCGGUACCAGUGUGUGGAGCCAUCAUCUUGUUCCUGCUAGUGGCAGUCGCUGUAAGGCUACUCAAGGCUGAUGCCCUACUACAUGCAGAUAGGAAGCUCAGAGGCGGCUAUUCAUCCCCACUGGCGCAGCACUCUGACGACGUAAAGAAAGUGUGGGUGGGGAACUCCUCCCCCCUCCUCGUGGCGCCCGGCGGCUGCCUGGUGGCCGUGGAGCGCGCGCAGCUCGUCGACAUGCCCCCCCUCUGUGAUAUACAGCGAUAGAUUCAACACUUAACUCGUACGCACUGAAAGGGUCGACUACAAUUGGUGCCGUGACCAGGAUUUGAGUGCAGGAUUGUACGCGAUUUGGAUCUUUCUGCGGACAUAUUGGCUGGCUGUGCUGAAUUAAGGGAACCACGUUCAACGUGUUGCACUUGUAAAUUCGUACGUAAGUGUGAAAGGGAAGCAACACGUUGACCGUGGUUUUCGAUGGUCUCUGACAACUGGGGUCAUAUGUAUUUUCUUUUCACACUUUUGAGAUUUGUUUUUAUAUCUUAUUAUAAAAAUGGGUAGUUCGAUAGGUUUACUAGCCUAUCUGAUUCUGUGGCAAUUUUGUACUCAAAUUGGUGAAAUUGGGACAGUCGAACUAUCAUUUUAGUAUCUAUUGUAAAAACUUAAUUGUUACAGCUUCAGAAGUGUGAAAGAAAUUUACAAGGCUGUUUGUCAACUUGUCAAUGUGUACUACAAAUGUCAGCCAUACUGUUCAAAUUAUUGGUAGAUGUAAAAUAUAGAUGGCGCUGUUUCGACGAGCCGCGGAUCGCUAGUGCGUACGUCACCUUAGGGUGGAUAUUCUGAAAACUUGAAAAGUGUCAGUUUUAUUGAAUAAGAGGAGACCAUCUCUGGGUCGCGCUGUUUUAUUGGAUUAUGGUCUGAGUGGAUGUGGAAACGUUUAGUCAUCUUAAAUUCUUUGUUGUUCUUUAAUUAGCUAUUGUAGAUAACUGUUUCCACUGCUUUUUCUCGCCAAUAUAAGAGCAAUACCUACUACGACAUAAAAUCUAACCAACAACUCGGUUUGGUCAUCAGUGAUAAAAGAUUGGAAAA